GUUUCUAUGGCAACUUCAACGGCAACUUCAACAGCAACGUUUGUAACCGUGUGAAGCUAGCUAGAUAGUUGGCUAUGAAAAGCUAACGUAAUGUAGUAAACGAAUAAUGGUUUUUAGAAUGUGUUUUAAGAAAGCACACAGGCUAAAUGUUAAGAAAUGAAAUUCUUCAUUUAACAUACCGGUAGAAGUUAUGUAUUCAUAUAUUGUGGGAUGAGGCUAAGUUGUCUAGCUAACGCGAACGUUAGUAACGCGUCGCUAGCUAGGCACGUCCGUUUACAAACGUGUAUAGCCAGCUGUUCGACUUUGAUAGCUAGCUAGUUACUAAAAUUAUACGAUGUGUGAAAUCGCUUAAGUUACGUUACUAGCUUGGGUUCCUUUCUUUGCAAGCUAGCUAGCUAAAGUUAACAAGAUUGUAUCCCAGCCAAGGCCAAUCCUGACUUAACUAACGCGUUAGCUAACUAAGUUAGCUAGUUAGCUUGGUACUGUUAACGUUGCUUCUUUGCUGUUUUCAUCCACCAAACAGACGACAGAAAUGGGAGCACCUUAAACGCACCAGGAGCAAGAAGGAGUGGAAAUGAUGAUGGUGUUGCCUGUGUGGGGCCUCACACUCCCUCUUCCCGCUGUACUGAUGAUUGUUGUUGGUCUUUACAUGAUUUUCCUUGCAAUGGCAUUAUGGUUCCGCCAAUGCCUCAAGGAACAGUGUUCUCCUGAGUGUGGUGACUGCUGUCCAAAUAUCGCCCCAUUCGAUUACUGUUUAGCAUGUGCAGAGUCGUGCAACUGUCGCAUGCCAUCACUGCGCUCGUGCCUUGACCAGACCUGCCCCUCUACCUGCCCCUCUCUUCCUAAUUGUAACAUGUGGGACUGUGCUUGCACCUGCCAACCCCCAGCAUGUGAGUCCUUCAACUGCCUCUGCUUCGAGAUCAAGUUCAGAUAGAGGGAGAAACGGAGGAGUGGUAGGAUGAAUGAUGAAUCCUAACUCAAGACGCACAGCAUGUUUGCAUAUUCACACAUUGAUGUUAAUGGACAAUUUGUGCAAGAGGAAGGAGUUAUCCAUUCAUCCCUAGAGAAAUGGAAAGGGAGUGUUUAUGUAUCAAUAUGAAAAUACAAUCUGAAUCCUUCUAACACACAGCCUUAAAGUGAAAGUCAACAACCAGUUUAUGGAUAGUUGUGCCAUAUGUGUCCAAGGGAGACCAACGUUAUCAGAGUGCUAUUACAAUAUAGGGCAUCUACUUUCAUUACAGCACAAGUACAAUUCUGUGCCUCUGCAGCAAUCCAAUACACUCAUUGUACAAAACAUUAAGCUCACCUGCCUAAUAUCGAGUUGCACCCCCCCCCCCCCCCCCCCCCCAUCCUCUCCCCUUUUGCCC